GGUGUAAGAUGGUGCCAUGGACGGAUAUCGCGGGAUAGCCCAUAAUUUUAUCUUAAACAUUUUAUAGAGAUUGGGAAUCUCAUGUGAAGUGGGUGUAUUCUUUUGUAAUGUUUGCUUCUAACCAACAAAUAUCCUAUGUCACAGAUUGGAAAUUAUUAUUAUGAUAUAAUAAUAAUUGGAAUACGUUUGAAAUUAUAUAAAUAUGAGGCUAUCUAAUGUUCUCUCAAAAGCCAAAAAUUGGUCUAAUCAUUAUUCAAAUUUACCAGAAUCAUAUAUUAAACGGGCCUCAGAGCAAGUUUAUUGGAAAAAUCCAAAAGGACCUCAAUACAAGCCAAACGUAGAGGUUAAAAGAAAGAAAUUUAAGUAUACAGUAGACCAUCCAUGGACAUCACAAUUUCAACAGGAAAAUAUGCCAGGUUCAAGACAUACGAAAGUCUGGGUUGAGCCAGUCAAAGAAUGGAGUUAUUUCAGGGGUGAUCGUGUAGAAAUUUUGGAAGGAAAAGACAAGGGUAAACAAGGAUUCGUGACUUCUAUUAUACAGGAAAGAAACUGGGUUAUAGUUGAAGGACUGAAUUGUAAACUUGAAAAUAUGGGUACUAGAGGGGAUAAAGUAUACGUUCAGAGAGAACAACCUCUUCUAGUUACAACACAAGUUACUCUAGUAGAUCCCUCAGACUUGAAACCUACAAGUUUUGAGUGGAGGUAUACAGAGGAGGGAGAAAAAGUAAGAGUUUCUGUGAGAACUGGAAGAAUCAUACCUAUUCCUGCAUCAAUUGAGGAGACUAGAGAUUUUAAAAGUAGAGCUGCAUAUAAAGAACAACCUAAAGAUACAGUUUCGGCUGAAAUCGAUAAGAUAACAUUUGAGCCCAAGUUGUGUACUUUUGAAAUGGAGAUAAUGGACAAAAUGGGUAUUAAAGAAGAUCGUAUACCCCCAAAGUCGUACUGGUACUAACUAAUUGCUCAUUCUACCACAUUUAAAAAAUAAUAUUGAGUAAAUAAAUAAUAAAAGAUA